AAUAAAAUGCGGAGAAUCAGCGCAGGCUCAAGGUAAAAGACAACCAACCAAACCCACAAUUUCAGAGAGAAGAAAAAAAAAGAAACAUUCAAACUGUUGCUUCAGCUUCAGCCCUGUUUCAUCAAACUGAAGUCUUAAGAAGCUCUAGAAAAAAAUAAACACAAAACCCAGAUUUUGUUUUAUUUUAUUUUGUUUUGUCCUCUUUAUUUGUCUCAUGUUUUGUACGGUUACCUUUACAACACUUGACCUUUAUGGUAUGUAGUAUAAAGAUCUGAGAACUGAGAGAUCUGAUUUGCUGUUGAUGUGGGGUCCUAAGCCUUCCAUAGAGAGAAGAUUGUUCACGCGCAUAGCCUGAGAUUAUAUAUAGGUUACAAAAACACCAUACCAAAGGGACCAACAAAAACUGAUGUGAUAAAAUCAGUGUUGCAAAUUGUUUUUGUACUUUAUUUUCUUCUUUUUUUUUUGCCUUAAUGUGGUUGGGGUCUUGCAAGAAAACAAAGGGGACAUUCAUUCAACAGAGCCACAUCUUUGUUAGAUUUAGAUUGCUUCAAUUAAAGUCUACGGUACACAGACAGAGAAACCCAAAGUACCAAACUGGAUUUUCUCGAAGAUUCCUUGUAAAUUCAAUCAAAGCAAAUUUUUGUUGACGAUGUUUCUGCGCCUCGGACAGAUUGGGUUUUUGGAUACGGGCAAAAUGAAUCUUUCCUGGAAGUUCCUCUUUUUGUUUUUCAUCUUUACUGUGCUUUUGUGUUUCGGGUCAUGAUAGUGUUUGCAAUUCGGACGUAAUAUAGGCUCUGGUAGAAGCAAAUUUGAAGCCUCUUCGACAUGGAAGUUGGCAGUGGUCUUGGUGAAUUUUCGCCUAAUUCUACGUUCGGGAACUUCUCUGAUGCUGCUAUGGAUUUGGAUUUUAUGGAUCAACUCUUGUUUGAAGGAUGCCGAUUAGAGACUAGCGAUGGAUUCAACCUCAUGCAGCCUGGUCCUUCAACAUCUAGUGGUCUGAAUGACCCUGACCCUUUUCAAUGCAUACCUGUAUCUGGAUCUUAUACUGUUCCUUUUAGUAUAAACUCACAUCGAAUGUAUCAAGGAGAGACAGAAAGCCAGGUUCCUUCCCCUCCUUAUACUACAAUUGAGGACCUUUCUGAAAGUCAAUCCCCAAACUGGGCAGCUGUUGGAAAUACUACAUCCUUGUCACAACCUGGAAAUGUUAUAGUCCAAGGCACUGAAUUGGGCAGUAGAUGGUGGAUAGGGCCAAGAGCGGAAUCAAAUUCUUCUUUAUCUGUGAAAGAGAGACUAAUGCAGGCUAUUGGAUAUUUGAAGGAAUCUACAAAAGACAUGGAUGUCCUUAUCCAAAUCUGGGUGCCUGUACAAAGAGAAGGCAAACAUUUUCUUACUACUGAAGGCCAGCCGUACUUUCUUAAUACAAAUUGCGAGAGUCUCAAAUUUUUUAGAGAUGUCUCCAAAUCUUACAACGUUCCAGCUGAGGAGGAUUCAAAGGAAUCAGUGGGGUUGCUUGGCCGUGUAUUUUUGGGGAAGUUGCCUGAGUGGACGCCUGAUGUUCGUUUCUUCAGAAGCGAUGAAUAUCCACGUAUUGAUUUUGCACAAAAGUACAAUGUUGGUGGAUCUCUUGCUCUUCCUGUUUUUGAACGAGCGAGUGGAACUUGCUUGGGCGUUGUUGAGAUUGUCACAACUACUCAAAAGAUCAAUUAUCGCUCAGAACUUGAACACGUCUGCAAAGCUCUUGAGGCUGUUGAUCUAAGGAGCUCAUAUAACUUCAUUCCUUGUGUUGAGGCUUGCAACGAGUUAUAUCAAGCUGCAUUGCCUGAGAUAGCUGAGGUUUUAAGAUCUGUCUGCAAGAUAUAUAAACUGCCUUUGGCUCUAACAUGGGCCCAAUGCCUUGAUCAAUUUAACAGUGGAUGCCGACUCUCUGACGAGAACUUUUAUCAUUGUGUAGUGGAUACUGCUUGCUUUGUGGCUGAUGAAGAUUUUUCAGACUUCCUUGAGGCAUGCUCUGAACACCACCUGUUAAGAGGCCAAGGAAUAGUUGGCAGAGCAUUCACAACAAACAAACAAUGUUUUGCAAAUGAUAUAACUGCGUUCAGUAAGAGAAAUUAUCCUCUCUCUCACUAUGCUAGGAUGUUUGGAUUGCGUGGUGCUGUAGCUAUCCCGCUACAAAGCACUUUUACUGGAUCAGUUGAAUUGGUUUUGGAGUUAUUCUUGCCAAAAGAUUGCCAGGACAGUGAAGCACAAAAACAGAUGCUGAACUCAUUGUCCAGUUUUAUGCAGCGGGCUUGCCAGAGCUUUUAUGUCGUUGUGGACAAGGAGCUUGAGGAAGAAGUGAUACUGCCAGUUAAGGAAAUGGUAGUUACUUCGGAUGGGAAAUCAGAGAGAUCAGACAAAGAAGAAACUCAAUUUAGGAUUUCUUCCUCGAAAGAGAACUCUCCAGAGGAGUCAUCAUGGAUUGCCCACAUGAUGGAGGCCCAACAGAAGGGAAAAGGUGUUUCUGUCUCAUGGGAAUAUCAAAAAGAAGAACCAAUAGAAGAGUUCAAGGUGACAACCCAUUGGGAAGACACUCAGCUAGAGUUAUACAAUAAGCAGGUACUUUCAGAUUUUGGACAGCUUCAUCAAAAUGCUGGAACCAAAGCUAGUGUUGAGGGAGGUAGUGGUGACUCCUCUCCUUCUGGUGGACAUCGCAUUUUAGCUGGUAAAAAAGCUGGUGAAAAGAGAAGAACCAAGAUGGAGAAGACAAUCAGCUUGCAGGUUCUUCGACAGUACUUUGCAGGGAGUCUUAAAGAUGCUGCUAAGAGUAUCGGUGUGUGCCCCACUACUCUGAAAAGGAUAUGUAGGCAACACGGGAUCACUAGAUGGCCUUCUCGAAAAAUUAAGAAGGUAGGCCACUCUUUAAAAAAACUGCAACUAGUAAUUGACUCAGUCAAAGGUGCUGAGGGUGCCAUUCAACUUGGGUCGUUCUACUCAAGCUUCCCUGAACUGAGCUCACCAAACUUUUCUGGCAAUGGUCUUUCUUCAUCAUUGAAGAUCAGCAGCCAUUCAAAGCCAUCAGAACCUCAACUUGAGAGAGGCAUGUUCAGCCAAGGAGCUGCUGCUUCAAAGUCUCCAUCUUCUUCAUGCAGCCCGAGCUCUUGUUCAAGUACCUCCUGUUCCACUGGAUCGAAACAGCAUAAUACCAGUAUGAAUGCCCUAUGCGGUGCAGAUGAGUUGACAGUGGAAGACCCUGAUGGAGCACCAAAGAGAGCUCUCAGUUAUGCUGAAUUGCACGCUUUGAAUCAAGAGGAGCCAAAGCUUACUGCAAGAGCACAAAGCCAUAAAACAUUUGGUGAGCUUCCUAGUUUUGGGACUCUACCUCCCUUGCCAAAAUGUGUAGACCAGAAUUUACGAGCCGUGGGUGCCUUGAGAGUAAAAGCUAUGUUUGGCGAAGGUAAGAUACGAUUCAGCUUGCAACCAAGUUGGAGUUUCAAAGACUUGCAACAAGAGAUUGCAAAGCGUUUCAAUAUUGAAGAUGUCAGCAGAAUUGAUCUCCAGUACUUGGACGACGACAAUGAGUGGGUUCUUUUGACAUGUAAUGCUGACCUUGAGGAGUGUAUAGACAUAUACAAAUCAUCUCAAAGCCACACAAUUAAAAUCUCCCUUCAUCAAGCUUCUCAUCCGAAUCUAGGAAGUUCAUUCUGUAGCAGUGCCCCAUUAUAACACCUGGAUCAGUUCCAGGAGAGUAUUUUUGGAUUCUGGUGCAAGUAAUUUGAUGGUUGUAGUAGAGGUUUUGUAGGAUCAUAAGAUUUAUUUCCAUAUGUGUAACAAACAAUUAAGAAGUAAGCAAGUUGGCUGGAGGUCAAUAUGCAAUGACGUUGAGAGGAUUGAGAAUAGACCUUUGAUGAUAUGGUAUCCUAUGUUUGUAUUUCAGUGUGAAACUGCUUAAUUAUAGUUGCUUGAUUCAAUGGAUAAAUAAUAAAAAUGUGGCAGAUUGUUGUCUUUCUUGUCUCAACAAGCUUGUUUAUGAGGAAAUGCAUGGAUUUACAGGUUUCCCGAACAUUCAAAUAUAUACAUGUUAAUGCAUAUAAUUACUUUACGUCCAAAUGAAAAGUUGGGGUUGAGGUCGGGUAGGCAAGAUUUGGGCAGUGGUGAGGGUUGCAAAUGAAUUCGCC